UCGACGGCGAAUCGGCCGCAUCAGCGGACUUGUUACGAGCUAUUUUACAAUAUUAACUUGUAAAUUUUAAUGUGUAUAAUAAUGCUGUGAGAAGCACGCUCAGUGACCAUAGAAUUAAUUGAAAGAAAAGUGACCGACAAUAAGAUGCCUUUUGUAAACAUCAAAAAGCAAUAUCUAGCAAUGGGGUUGUUAAUUUUCGUUAUGUUGUUUUUAUUUAACACUAGGCCAGUUUUUCAAUGCCAGUUUAAUGCAGAAGUGAGUUCAUAUCUCCCAGUGAUAUACGGGAUUACUCCAACGUACGCGAGGCUCGCUCAAAAGGCGGAUCUUACAAGGUUAUCGCAAACAUUGAUGCAUGUAAAGAACCUUCACUGGGUGGUGAUUGAAGACUCUUUAGAGAAGACAAAAUUGGUUGCGAACUUGCUCAAAGAAUCAAAUCUAAAGUACACACAUCUGAACAUUAAAACUCACAAAACGAAACAAUCUACGGCCAGUGGCGUGGAACAAAGGAAUCUGGCUCUGGAUUGGCUGAAGGGCCAUUUGCAGAAGUCCGAGGAUCAAAGAGGCGUUGUCUACUUUAUGGACGAUGACAACACUUAUUCGCUUAAAGUUUUUGAUGAGAUGCGGAAAAUAAAGAGAGUUGGUGUGUGGCCAGUCGGCAUAGUUGGCGGUAUGAGGGUCGAGAUGCCUCUAGUCACGGACGGGAAAGUAAGCGGCUUCAACGCCUGGUGGAAGCCUUUCCGACCAUUCCCCAUCGACAUGGCAGGGUUUGCUAUCAACGCUACUUUGUUCCUUGAACACCCUGAAGCCAAGUUCUCCAGAAAAGUCCAGUCUGGCUUUCAGGAAAGUGAAAUAUUAAAAUACUUCACGACGAGAGACGAACUGGAGCCGUUAGCUGAGAACUGUACUAAAGUGUUUGUGUGGCAUACACGUACUCAGAAACCUUCGAUAGUAAACCCGCAGAAAUUGAAGCGCCCAAUCGCCUCCUACGACCAUAUCGAAGUGUGAGUCCAAACAGUAUUCCAUUGGUCUUCGUACACAGGGAACAACCUCCCGAAAGAACAAAACCCCACCUUAUAAACAAGGGGUCAAAGUUCUCUUUACAAUGUUACUCUAUACAACCUAUUUACUUGAAUACUCAAUUGGUGUAUACUCAGAUCAAAAAAUUGUAUCGUAUAAACUACUUUUUGUAGAUUUCGUCUCGAUUUUAUGUGUAUAAGGAACAAAUUUGUAUGCUCUUCGUUUCUAACUCCAAAAUGCCACUAAAUUAUUUUUAAAACAGUUUUGUGCAAUUAAUGAGAGCUUUUUAUAGUGAAUUUUUACAUGGAGAUGUGCUUUCUUACUAAAUAUGAUACAAGUUGAGAAGUUUCGAUAGACAAUUAAGGGGUUGACUAUCGAUAGAUAAGUGUUGAAAGCAAAUUUUCCACUAACAAUAAUAGGGUAGAUGCCAAAUUUUUAUUUUAAUGUCCUUCUGGUAGAUUAUUUUAAAUCAUUAGACACGUAU